CGAUUUGCACUGCUCAUGCACUUGCAGAAUCCCACAGCUUGACUCUGCCAAAGCGGACACACGAUUGGCAUUCCUGCGGACCCUUUCCCUAUUAGCCAAACAUAAUGCUGCGUUUAAUUGCUGCGAUGAGGCAGAUGCGCCCUGCCUGCAGGACUCUCGCCCCACACAUCACCCGUGCGUACGCCAAGGAUGUCAAGUUUGGAGCUGACGCCCGUGCCCUCAUGCUGCAGGGUGUCGACCUGCUGGCUGAUGCUGUUGCUGUCACCAUGGGCCCCAAGGGUCGCACGGUCAUCAUCGAGCAGAGCUGGGGCAGUCCCAAGGUGACCAAGGAUGGCGUCACGGUGGCCAAGAGCAUCGACCUUAAAGACAAGUACAAGAACAUCGGGGCCAAGCUGGUGCAGGACGUGGCGAACAACACCAAUGAGGAGGCUGGGGACGGCACCACCACUGCCACCGUGCUGGCACGCGCCAUCGCCAAGGAGGGCUUCGACACUAUCAGCAAGGGUGCCAACCCCGUCGAGAUCCGCCGUGGCGUCAUGCUGGCUGUGGAGACGGUCAUCGGGGAACUGAAGAAGCUGUCCAAACCUGUCACCACUCCCGAGGAGAUCGCCCAGGUGGCCACUAUCUCUGCUAAUGGAGACAGCGAGGUUGGUGCCAUCAUCUCUAAUGCUAUGAAGAAAGUGGGGCGCAGGGGAGUCAUCACAGUGAAGGAUGGUAAGACCCUGCAUGAUGAGUUGGACAUCAUUGAGGGCCUGAAGUUUGAGCGCGGUUACAUUUCACCUUAUUUCAUCAACACUGCCAAAGGUCAGAAGUGUGAAUUCCAGGAUGCCUACCUCCUCCUGAGUGAAAAGAAGAUCUCCAGUGUCCAGAGCAUUGUCCCUGCACUAGAGAUCGCCAACCAACACCGCAGGCCACUGGUCAUUGUGGCUGAGGACGUGGAUGGAGAGGCCCUCAGCACACUUGUCCUUAAUAGGCUGAAGGUGGGCCUACAGGUGGUGGCAGUGAAGGCCCCAGGGUUUGGAGACAACAGGAAAAACCAGCUGAGGGACAUGGCUAUUGCUACCGGAGGCACUGUGUUUGGUGAUGAAGCGAUGGGCCUUGCCCUGGAGGACAUCCAGGCGCAUGACUUUGGGAAGGUUGGUGAAGUGGUGGUCACUAAGGAUGACACCAUGCUGCUGAAGGGGCAUGGCAACCCAGCUGACGUGGAGAAGCGCGUGGCCGAAAUUGCUGAGCAGCUAGAGGCCACCACCAGUGACUAUGAGAAGGAGAAACUGAACGAACGCCUGGCCAAGCUGUCAGAUGGGGUGGCCGUGAUAAAGGUGGGGGGAACUAGUGACGUGGAGGUGAAUGAGAAGAAGGACCGUGUGACAGACGCCCUGAAUGCCACCCGGGCAGCUGUGGAGGAAGGCAUUGUGCCAGGUGGGGGCUGUGCCCUCCUGCGCUGCAUCCCUGUCCUGGACACCAUCACACCUGCCAAUUCUGACCAGAGUACUGGCAUCGAAAUCAUCCGCCGAGCUCUGCGAAUCCCAGCCAUGACCAUCGCAAAGAACGCAGGUGUGGAGGGCUCUCUGGUGGUGGAAAAAAUCCUGCAGAGUGGGGCAGAGAUGGGCUAUGAUGCCCUGCAGGGCGAGUAUGUCAACAUGGUGGAGAAGGGCAUUAUCGACCCAACCAAGGUUGUGCGGACAGCGCUGCUGGAUGCAGCCGGUGUUGCGUCCUUACUUUCUACUGCCGAGGCUGUGGUCACAGAGCUGCCCAAGGAGGAGAAGGAAGGUGGCAUGCCAGGGGGCAUGGGUGGCAUGGGUGGCAUGGGAGGAAUGGGAGGAAUGGGUGGGGGCAUGUUCUAAUCCCGCCCCACUCCCGAGUACUCUGACUCAGUGCAGGGGGCGGGGGCCACGGGGACAGGUUGCCUUCUCCCCCUCUACCUGCUGAACUCAUUGAUCACUGGAGUUUGUGGAACUGCAAAGGGAGGCCACCCCUCCAACAUCCCACAUUUUGCCGCCCAGGAAGCCGCCAUGACUGUGGACUUGAUGCUGGCUGCAGCUGCAGCCCCUCUGUCCAGCCCCAAUCUUGACCAAUUCCACCCCGUGGAGGCUUCACACAGUGUAGAACGACAGCACUCGCUCUCGUUAAAUGCUGGAAACUUUACUUUAAUCCCUCUCAAACUAACAGAAGUUGUAAAUGCUGUUUACAUGGUUUUCUUAUUUGUGUCAAUCUGAAGUGCUGGUGAGUCCAGGAAGGUCCUUACUGUGUAAUGCUGAAUAACAGUAAAAAUACCGCACUGCCCUCCUAUUCUGUUAUCCCUGAUGGGCCGAGGGAGGGAAGCAUACAUCGGACCAAGAAGGUCGGGACACAGCAAGGCAUGGCAAUUGGAGAAUCGCGGCUAUAGCAAGACUGCUCCAAGGCCCUGUCACCUGUUUGUCACUUGUCAUUAACCACUUAACUGUUCUUUCUUUUAUCCAUGUUAUAUGUUCUUGGUACAUGCUUCUUUUGGUACUUAACUUGCCAAUGAAGACUUGAUUAAAUAUCUGCACUUACUGUCAUUGAGUGUGUUUCAUACACCUGCACUUUUUCAGCAGUUGGGUCAGAAUUACUGAUGAACAGUUGAUGUCCUCAGAAGUUUAGGGUUAUGGUUAGGGUUAGGGUUACUCAGAAGUUUUUCUUCUGUUCACCUGAGAAACUAAAGCCUGAAAAUCACUGUGAUGUUUGAGUAUCUGCCUACUGAUGUUAUCACUAACUGUUUUUAUCAUGUCAGUCAUCCAAAGGAUUAAAGAUUAAGAACCAAUUUGCAUGCAGAUUGCAGAGAAAGGUCAGUUUUCCUGAUAAACAGAACAUGCUUACUUUGGGGUGGCACUUGCAGAACAGUGGAAUUGUAGAUCACUGUAUAAUGAAUUGCAUUUAAUGGUGAAAUGUUCUCAUUCUGUAACCCUGGUAGCAGGUGAGUGUCAAUAUUUUUGUGGGGUGGGACAGAGGGCAGGUUUUGUGUGCUUGAAUGAUAGUGGGAUGUGGGCCGAAUUCUUGUACAGUAGUAUCAAUUGUCAAGUAUUCCACCAUUAGAUGCAAAAGCCUGUUGUCGAGCCUUGACUGGUGCAAGAUGUAACAAGCCUACUUUUUUGCUGUUGAUGUCAGUAAAUGAAUGCGUUUGCCUUCCCAUAGGCUGGCAUUGCUUUGUAAUGGAAAAUCAUUUGAACUGUGUUGCUCAAUAGGACAUUGCACAACAAAGGCAAAUGGCCCAAUUUUAUCCAGUUUUUCCUUUGCUGAAGAAAUAGCUGUGGUUACAAAACUGUUUUGUACAAUGUGGUCAGUGAUACCACACUUUUAAUUUGAAUAAAUUCAAUAAUCUAAACAAACAAGUCUUUUUAAAAAGUUCCCAAAACUUGUGGUGUAAAUUUUCAUAAAUAUGGUACAGUACUUUAAUAUUGUUUGGCUGCCAAGAUAGAAUUUUCCAAUAGCUAUUCAAAUAAUAAUCCUGUUUCUGCCUUCUCAAGCACUGUAUGGAACUCCAGUAUGUCAACUCAAUUCAAAGAGAUGCAUUCUUCUUAU